AUUGACGGCGUCAGGAACCAUUGAUAUCAACACUCAACCCAAGCGCCCAAUUCCAUAUUCCAGAACGACUGAUUGUCGUUUCUUUGCAGGGGUAUCUUAAAGGAUAUCCUUCGAGGCUAUUUAGCGUUCGUUCUGGUCAUUUCACUUUUUCUUCCCAAAGAGCGUUUCUUCAAAAUGAUAAACCGAGCGUCGCAGCUACGGCUGUUCUUUCCUCCAACAUUCCGAAAUCUGAAAGUAUCGACAUGUCAGCAUGUUCGUUCGCUGCAUCAUCGGAUGCCGGCCUCGAGGGUUCCAGCACCUACUCCAUUCGUCCCAGAUACCCAGACAUUCCUAUCGCUCAUCGGUCGCAAUCUGAGCAAGCACGCAUCAAAGCUCCCUUCUUGGGAAGCACUCUUCUCGCUUUCUUCGCCACAGCUGCGCGAGCUAGGCAUUGAACCCGCCCGGGACCGCAGAUAUCUGCUACGGUGGUGCGAAAAAUUUCGAAAAGGACAGUAUGGCGUGGGCGGUGAUCUGCAGAAUGUUGUCGAGGGAAAGGCCGAAGUCCGUGUGGUUGAAGUUCCUGUUCCAAUAAAAUCCCAGUCCACCGGCGAUGCAGCGGCAUCAGCCACCGGUUCCGCAGGAAAAAGAAAAAUCGUUGUCAACCUCCCGUACGGCGAGUCUGAGCCUAGUAUUCCCGCCGAGUCGCUACAGCCCAUUCGCUUUAUGAAAGUGCAUGGCGCCAGUCAAGUCAAAGGACCUCAUGUCUCACCCGUCAAAGGCACACAGGGAACGGUAGCUACCAUUUCGGUCAUUGAAGGGUUGUGGGAGAACAAACGUGGUCGCAAGAUUGAUGGCGGUGAGCGCAGGAGGGCCGAGGUUCGAGCCAAGAGACAAGCAGAAGAGAGGCGAACUACGAGAGGCUAGAGUAUUUAAGUUGAACAUGUACUAUAAAUUUUCUGGUGUUCCGUGUGGUGUAUUGUUUAAAGAAAAGUCAUACCUCCGGCUGCUCGUUAUUGUCUGCUUGACUUACGUCUUGCCUUUUCAAUAAAACUUCUAAUCCAUAUUCUAGUUCUAUCAGCCAAUCCUGUGCCAGCUUCUUGCAACUCUCUGUUUCUUGUGCAAGGAUUAGAUUGCAACGAGACCGGACGCGACAGGAAGUACUGCAAAGUAG